GCGGCGGUGGUCGCGGCGCAGCUGCUGCGCCGCCUCCGCGAGGGCUUCGCGGAGCCAGUUUCACCCUCAUCGUAAGAGUGCCCUGGAGUGGCUGUAACCAAGUACCACUGGCUUAAAACCACAGGAAUUCAUCCUUCCCCAGUCUUGGAGACCAGAAGUCUGAGAUCAAGCAGGUGCUCAGGAAUGAGCGGAGGCCCGGGAGGCAGGCCCCGGCGGAGGAGCGAUGGAGAGUAAAGGCCUGGACGGCUCCCAGACGGAUCUGAAGCUUGUGGCGCACCCCCGUGCCAAGAGCAAGGUCUGGAAGUACUUUGGCUUUGACACCAACGCCGAGGGAUGCAUCCUGCAGUGGAAGAAGAUCUACUGUCGCAUCUGCAUGGCUCAGAUCGCCUACUCCGGCAACACCUCCAACCUCUCCUACCACCUGGAGAAGAAUCACCCCGACGAGUUCUGUGAGUUCGUCAAGAGCAACACGGAGCAGAUGCGCGAGGCCUUCGCCACCGCCUUCUCCAAGCUGAAGCCCGAGUCCUCCCAGCAGACCGCGCAGGAUCCGCUGGCCGCCAAGGCCGGCCACGGCCACGAGAGCAAGAAACAACAAGAGCUGACGGCCGCCGUCAUCGGCCUCAUCUGCGAGGGGCUGUACCCCGCCUCCAUCGUGGAUGAGCCCACCUUCAAGGUGCUCCUGAAGACGGCCGACCCCAGGUACGAGCUGCCCAGUAGGAAGUUCUUCUGCACCAAGGCCAUCCCUGAGAAGUACGGCACUGUCCGCGAGGCGGUGCUGAAGGACCUCGCCGAGGCCUCCUGGUGCGGCAUCUCCACCGACCUGUGGCGCAGCGAGAACCAGAACCGGGCCUACGUCACGCUGGCGGCCCACUUCCUGGGCGCCGGCCCCGCCAGCUGCCUGGCGGUGGGCUCCCGCUGCCUGAAGACGUUCGAGGUGCCGGAGGAGAACGCGGCGGAGACCAUCACCCGGGUGCUCUACGAGGCCUUCAUCGAGUGGGGCAUCAGCGCCAAGGUCUUUGGGGCCACCACGGACUGCGGGAAGGACGUCGUGAAGGCGUGCUCGCUGCUGGACAUCGCCGUGCAGAUGCCCUGCCUGGGGCACACGUUCAACGCGGGCAUCCAGCAGGCCUUCCAGCUCCCCAAGCUGGGCGGGCUCCUGGCCCGCUGCCGUAAGCUGGUGGAGUACUUCCAGCAGUCCACGGUGGCCAUGUACAUGCUCUACGAAAAGCAGAAGCAGCAAAACGUGGCCCACUGCAUGCUCGUCAGCAACCGCGUGUCCUGGUGGGGCAGCACGCUGGCCAUGCUCCAGCGUCUCAAGGAGCAGCAGUUUGUCGUCGCCGCCGUGCUGGUGGAAGACAGCAACAACCAUCACCUCAUGCUGGAAGCCGCCGAGUGGGCCACCAUCGAGGGGCUGGUGGAGCUCCUCCAGCCCUUCAAGCAGGUGGCCGAGAUGCUCUCUGCCUCCAAGUACCCCACCAUCAGCAUGGUGAAGCCCCUCUUGCACAUGCUCCUCAACACCACACUCAACAUCAAGGAGACGGACUCCAAGGAGAUCAGCAUGGCCAAGGAGGUCAUCGCCAAGGAGCUGUCCAAGACCUACCAGGAGACGCCCGAGAUCGACAUGUUCCUGAACGUCGCCACCUUCCUGGACCCCCGCUACAAGAGGCUGCCCUUCCUGUCCGCCUUCGAGAGGCAGCAGGUGGAGAACCGGGUGGUGGAAGAAGCCAAGCGCCUCCUGGAGAAGGUCAAGGAUGGCGGCUACCGGCCGCCCGAGGACAAGAUCUACGCGCUGCCCGAGGAGCCGCCGGUGAAGAAGCUCGUGCUGGCGUCCACGCCCCCGCCCACCAGCGUCAUCAACAGCAUGCUGGCCGAGAUCUUCUGCCAGACGGGGGGCGUGGAGGACCAGGAGGAGUGGCACGCCCAGGUGGUGGAGGAGUUGAGCAACUUCAAGUCUCAGAAGGUGCUGGGCCUCAACGAAGACCCCCUCAAGUGGUGGUCCGACCGCCUGGCGCUCUUCCCCAUGCUGCCCAAGGUCCUGCAGAAGUACUGGUGCGUGGCGGCCACCCGCGUCUUCCCCGAGCGCCUCUUCGGCUCCUCGGCCAACGUGGUGAGCGCCAAGAGGAACCGGCUGGCCCCGGCGCACGUGGACGAGCAGAUCUUCCUGUACGAGAACGCCCGCAGCGGCGGCGGCGGCGGGGAGGCCGAGCCCGAGGACGAGGACGAGGGCGAGUGGGGCCUGGACCACGAGCAGGUGUUCCCCCUGGGGGACGCCGUCCACGGUGGCUUCUUUGGGAUCAGGGACGGCGGCUUCGUGUAGCGGGUGCCGACGGGGAACGGUGCCGGGGGUCACCCCGUUGGACGCUUGGCUAUAGGGGCGACCCCACAGAUGGUUGCGGUGGCCCGAAACAGGGAUGUGAGAAGACGAAGGAGACGGGGGUUUUGGGGCCGGAAGUUGGAAAAACGAGCGUUUCUUCUGGGAGUCCACGUACAUCCAGUGGGAGGGAAGUAAAUGAUCUAAGAAAGCCCUAAGUUCGGCUUCUGGGGCUCUCCUACAGAUUGCAAAUACUCAAUAUUUGCAAGACUGCUUCCCCCACCCCGAGGCAGAGCCGGGAGGGAUGGGUCACUUCCCAGAUCGUUAAUUUCACCCCGCACCAUUCGUGUUCUCCGAGGGAGGGUUUGAGGUCAAUUAGAGAGAAAUCGAAACUUAUGGGGAGACGAGAAUGAAACCCCCUCCCUUCCCUCCCCCAGGCACCAUCAUCGGGACUGUAGUGAUCUGUCGAUGGUGGAAGACACAGUUACGUUUUCAUUCGAGUGGGGAACCUUGCCUCUGGGAAGUCGGCAGAUGUUCUUGAGCCAGAAUGCCCUGUUUUGAAGAGACACAAGUUCUCUGUGUGGUGGAAAAGGUUAAAAGCCAGCACUUUUACAAACGCAGAAAAGAGCUGUUGAAUGUGUUCUAUUUUCUGCCUCCCUGUAAAGCUCCUCUCUCCCCUUGCCAGAAUUGGCUUGGUGGAUGUGGUCCUUGCAAGCCUGGUCUUUCUUUUGUGUCCGAUGCUUCAAAAGUCCGGUUUCCCCAGAAUCAUUUUCCUCGGGGUGAUGGUGAGGCCCCUCCUUUAGAUACACGCAACCCUCAGGUGCCCACGGUGAGUCAGAUUCGCUUACAGGAAAGGACUCUCGAAUUCGCUCUUAAACUCAACACCAUGAGACCCAUUGAUUUAAAAAAAAUUACCACGGAUGGUUUUACCUCCGGGGGUCAUUGUAGAUGGCUUUGGCUGCUUCCGUGACUUGGAAACUACUUAUUUAACUCACUGCCUUUCAAUAGGCACACCACGUGUCUUUGAUCCCUGCGUGAAGACGCCCCACGUCUGGGAGGACGGGAUGUUGGGAUGUGGGCGUUUCCAGAUGACCCGUCUCGACUGUUGGCAGUAUUCUGCCUGGACCCCCACCCUCAUCGCAUCCCGGAGGCUUAAGGAGGGAAUUUCUCCAUGUCAAUGGCUGGUGACUUCGGCGGCCUCGAGAGCAGGGCGGAAUUUUAUCUUGAUGUCACGAGGCGUGUAUGUUUUUCGGAAUUCCAGCGUGGAAGACGGCCGCUCAGCCUCUGCUGUCUCUUGGAAGGAAAGCAGUUGAAUGCUUUCCAAGCCCUGAGCUCUGAGUGUCCCCAGGAACGGGCAGCCGGAAGGAGCUGGUGGACUGGCUUUAUGACUUGUCCCCCUGUGCUCCCGGGUUGGAAAAACAGGCUCAGAGACGCAGGACCCACCUACAUGGGGUUAGUUCUGUAGCCGCACAACCGACCCCCUUCACGUUGCUGGAAAUCACUGGCUUUCUGUAACUCACUAUGAAAACGUGUGUUGCUCGAGCCAGCCACCUUUCUGCAUUUCUCACCUUUUUUUCAGCCCUUGUGGCCAGGCCUCCUCAUUGGUUGUGCUUUUAUUUAAUGCUUUAGACUUGGACUCCUGUUCACUAAACCAGAGAAAUAAAUAAGGUCCGGA